UAACUUCGGCCAUUACUGUAUCCCUCCCCCUCCCUGCUCUGCGACUGCAUUUGUGGCGCUGCAUUCCUCCUCCACCAACCUAACCAGCCCCAGACUCCCACGGCUCCGGCCCCCAAAACCCUAUAAACCGUCUCUCCAUCCCCCACCCGAACCCAAAGCCCGGUUGCACAUUCCACCUCCGGCGGCGCGGCAAUGGCGAGGGCCCCGACCAUGGUCGUCCAGGACGACUACAUCGACAUGGACCUCUCCCCCUCCUCCCCCAAACGCGCGCUCCUCGAGUUCGAGUUCCACAGCUCCGGUGCCGGCGCCGCCGUGUCCAACUCCAGGGAGCGCAGGGGGGAGGAGGCCGCGUACGCGGCGUCGGCCGACGAGCUGUUCUACAGGGGCAAGCUCCUGCCGCUCCACCUCCCGCCGCGGCUGCAGCUCGUGCAGAAGCUGCUGCAGGAGCAGCAGGCGCGCGCGCCGGAGAUCAAGCCGGCGGCGGCGGAGGCGGCGGAGCCCGGCGUGAGCGCGAGCGCGGAGGCGGAGGACGGCAAGGCGGGCGCCAAGAGGUACUCCUGGUCCAGGAGGCUGAAGCUGAUGAAGCGGUGGGCGUCGAGGGAGUACAUCAAGUCCCUCUUCCUCGCCAAGGCCGGCGACCUCGGCAUCCCCAACGGCGGCGGGAGGGAGCGGGCGGGCCUGCUGGACCAAGACGACCUCUGCGGCCACCGCAGGUCCUUCUCCGGCAUCAUCCGGCGGGUGCGCCUGGUGGUGGCCACCAAGGCCCCGGCGCCGGGGGCCUCGCCGCUCUGCUCCUCGUCCUCCGCGUCCUCCUCCUCCUCGUCGACGCCGUCCUGCGGCAACGCGGAGCGGUUCUUCCUCCGGCCGAGGGCGGCGGCGGCGGCGACGAUGCCGGUGCCGAUGCUGAAGCGGAGCAGCAGCGCCGGGUCGGAGGAGGGGGCCAUCCAGGGCGCCAUUGCCCACUGCAAGAGGUCUCACCAGCAGCUGCUGCUGCAGCAGGGGAGGAAGAGCGCCAGCGGCGUCGUCUUCUACUCCGUGUCCAACACCCCCAGGAUCUCCACCUCCGUCGCCGCCGCCGCCGCCAACGAGUCCUCGCAAGAGAGGCAGGAGAUGUGCAGGGGAUGACUCCAUGCCAUGAGCACCAACGUUUCCUUUCCUUUUCUUCCCCCCUUCUUUCCCUCUGUUUUUGGGGGGGAAAUGUUUGUGAAGAUGAGCAACGUGCCUGUGAAUUAUUUGUGUCAAGAACUUCUCUUUGGUUUUGCCAUGGUUGUGAAUGGAUCAGAAGCUCUGUUCUUCUACUAGAUGUGUGAUUCCCAAAGAUCAAAAGAUGUUUCAACCAUUGUUUGA